UGAGGUUUUCGGAGGAUGUGGAGAUGGAGACAAAGGGGACGUCACCAAGUACAGGUCCUGAUGAUUCCAAUGUCAGUGAGAAUGAGCUUCCCAUUCCCCCAUCUGAGGCUAAGAAGUGGGUCCACAUGGAUAAGGUGGAUUUAGAGAAGCUCAAGUGGAUGACAGAUAUGCCUAAGCCAAAGCCCCUAAAGAAUAAUGAAGGAUUUGUUGCAAGAUUCAACUUUGAAGGCGAUAUCUUGCCUUAUGACGCAGAUGUUUCGUACCGUGAAGCAUUGCACCAUCAUGGAGAAGAGCCAGGGCGUGCUGGAUACACCCUUGAUGAGCUCUUCAUACUUAUCCGCUCUAAAGUGUUGCAGCAACGACACAUAGGCCUCCGCACCCUGGCCAAUAUACUGAGGAAUGCAAAAGAAGGCUUAUAUGAUACAGCUGUGAAUCCCCCUAUUAUACAAUUAGUGGUAGAGGCUGGCGUAGUACUCCUCCUUCGCUUCGCCCUCGAUGAAUCUUCACACCACGUGUAUGGGGAAGCUGUGCGGGGCCUCUAUUACCUCAUAGCCAGUGAACCGGACGAGCGGUGUUUGGCCAUGGUCCAACCUUGGGCUCCUGCUGGCCUUGAACCAGGGGUGUCUAGUAAUAUCCAUGCGAGUGAGAAGUCUCGUAAAGAACUGGAUGAAGAAGAAAAGGAACUAAAGGACAUUGAGGUGAUUAAACUUGACAUUAUCCGUGCUCUUAUCAGAAUGGACACCCACAUCAGACUCAGGUACAUCCUGGAGACUGUUAAGCCAAAUCCAGACACCGUAAUCUACACACUAGGCAUCAUGACUCGCAUUGUCCGCCACUCACUCACAGCUGCAUGGAAGGUGGUCCAAACUCCCCGCCUUCUGUCAGUAAUACUGGAAAAUUUCCUCCCACACAACUUGUCUCCAUUGCUCACUGGUGAAAAUGUCUCUUCAAUGUCUUCUGUGUAUGGGGUCCCUCUCAAGCAGGCUCUUCAUCUUUUAAGGGUCUUAGCAGCAAGAGGUCGUCAGCUGGCAGCAGUUCUGGUCAAUACUCAUGAUGUGAUGGGACGGAUCCUCACCUAUGUAUCCUUGGAGCCCAGUGAGGUGGCCAUACCCCUCCAAGAGGCCCUUUCCCUCAGUCAAGAAGCAUAUGCCAUGUGGGCCACUCUCCUGGCAUAUGGACUGUCUAAAGCAGAGGAAGCCAUUGCUAACUUCUAUCCACUCAUUGUGAAACAGUUAGUGUUCUAUAGAGAUAAAGUUCCCAUCAAUGAAGAGACUGAGAAGAAUAAAUUCAACUAUGAUGUUGGUGCACAACUGAUCAAUAGUCUGACCCGUGCUUUGAACGUGGCUGCCUCACAGACUUUGCUCAGUAGUAGAAUGAAGCUGAACCAGGGGACAGUCAUAGGUGCCAGUGGAAAGGCAGAAGUUUUGCCUCCUCCAUCUCUUUCCUGGGAUGACCUCAGUGAUAUCCCACAGCUGAUAGAGACAUGCCUGAAGAAGUGGCUGGUUCAACUUGAACGAACUGGUCAAACAAGUUUCUCAGCACUCCGUCUGUUGGGCAGUUGCUGCAGUUUCUUAGAAGCCUACUAUCUGAAGUGGAAAGAUCAGAGUUCGUACAGUGGAGAGAAAUGUAAUCAAAAGCUUCAGAAAUUGCAUGAUGAAGUUAUUCUCCCCUUCCUAAAUUCUACUUGUUUUAGCAAUUUAGUGAGCAGCCCUCCCUAAACAUUCAUCUCUUAUCUGUGAUUAUCAGGUUGGUACAAAACGGGACCCAGUCAACCUUGGUUCUCUUGGUUGUGUGACACAUGGAGGAAAAAUUGUACCUGUUGUACAGAUUACAUCCCCAUUUCCUUUACUUCUUCCAUUAUCAUCUCUUUUAGUUAUCUUUCAUUCCCUUCAUCCAUUCCUUGAUGCACAAGGAACCAAAUUCUUGGAUUUGCCUGAACUUUCCUCAUAUUUCCAAAAGGUAUGUUGUUCUCAUCAGCAGUUAUCAGAACAUUGGCUAACAAGAGUGGAGGUUCAUAUGAUUUCCAAUCUUUUACAUUUAGCAGCUUUAAAAGGUUGCACUGAAACCAGUAUAUUUCAUGAAACAGCAAUGUGCAUCAUGGCCUGCAUUCAGAAAGGUGAUGAACACCUAAUAGAAAAAUUGUUGAGCAAUGUAAUCUGUUCUCCAGAAUUUACAUCUGAUUUAUGUGAGAUGAGCUCACAGGUUGAUAAUUUAGCACUGAAUGAUUAUGAGCCUCUUAUCUCCCCAGCAAAGGUUCAGCCAGUUUUGUCACCAAGGCAGUUGACAGAAAGAAUAUUCAAUUCUUUAGUUUCCAUUUGCAGUGAACUAGUAGGUUCCUUGGCCAGUAAAAGAGAAUAUGAGGCAAGCAAGGUUUUGAGAAACGGCAUUCAUUUUGCAACCAAUGGCAUCACAAUAGAUCAGACAGAGACACCAUUGGCUCUUGGCAAAUGUUGGCCACUUGAACCAAUCAAAUAUGUAUACAAGACUUCCAGGACACAACCUCCAAAAACUGAUGACCUUCCUAAGAAAUUCUCAAGUGACCAGUCAUCCCCAGAGGACAUUUUAACCGUCACAAGGUGCUUGCAGAUGGCAUACCUUGGCAUCAAGUACCGAAGAAAGAGUAUCUUGCAAUCCACAGACAUCAGUUCAUGGUUGCAGCAUCUCUCAUUAGUGUUCCUUGUAGCCAGUGAUAUUUUCCUUGAUGCAGAUGUAGGUUCCUAUCUCCAAGGUACAGUAAUAGAAUUACUACGCAAUGGAGGAUAUGCUGAGCUUGACCCAAAGCUUACUAUUGAAGGUUUUAAUUCAAGCAUUAGUUGGUAUAAAGAACUUCUUGAGCAGUUUCUUGCAGUAUCAUAUGGUGACUCCACUUUUGCCCUCUUUCUCCUUAUCCCCAUUCAACAGUAUUGGCCCAUUGAAUAUCGUAAGGAACUCUGGGGUGACAUGUCUGAUGCACUGACCUUCUUCCGUCUCACUCCACGGCAAGUUGAACAGUUCAUUCCAAUGAAGCAGUUCCUUGAGCCAAGAGAAGAUGAUGAAGGUCUCAUUAUCAAAUACAGGUCAAACCUUGGUAGUGCUAAUGUUACUGAAGCAAGAAAUUCAUUUCUAUUCACUAUUGCAUCUCAUCAUAUCAGGUCCCACAUAAAGAAAAGACAAACCUAAUGUCAGCAACUAGUAAAUGUCAGAUUACUUUUUUCCUCAUUGAAAUUAGUAAGACUGUAUCUCAUUGGUAACUUAUAUUUUUCUAUUAUGUAAUUUCAAGUUUGUCCAUAAUUUGUAAUUUAGAGAUGGUGCAGUAAAUGAAUAUGGAUAU